AUGGAUGCUUAUUCGUCCAUGGAUGAGGACCAGUAUGACUGUUAUGAGGACGACGACGACGAGGAAGAGGAGGAGGAAGAGGAGGAGGAUGACGAUGAUGAUGAGGAGGAGGAAGAUAGAGAUGAAACAGAACAACAGCAAAAGACGGCAGUGGAAAUGGAGGAGGAAGAAUUGCCGGAGCUGACCCUGGACUUUGCCGACCCUGUCGGCAGUCGGUUUGAUGAGCUUUUGUAUUGGAUCUACACAGACAAAGGUGACCGGUGGCUGACCCACUUCACUCCUCAGAACUACGCAGCCAUCCUCCAGAACAUUGCCCUCCUCAACCUAGCCACGCCCGCAGUCCUGGCCAUUUGUCGGGCAUUCGAGCAGUCCCCCGCCAACACUGAGGGUGUUGUCCCCCUGGGGACAGCGGAUGGGUAUUUUAUGUUACCAUAA